AUGUCUUCGCUGGGAACCAAGGCCAACGAGGUCGGCGCUGCUGCUGACGAGCUUGUUGCUUCCGACGAUGCCUCCGGCACCAAGGCCACCGCCGUUGCCCGCGCUGUCUCCCAGCUUCUGGGCGAGGCCUCCAAGUCUGGCGCCUCCACCCAUGUCCUCCAGUCCGCCAUGAACGUGGCCGACACCGCUGGCAAGGUCAUCGCCGCCAAGCGCUCCAAGUCGGACAACGUCUCGUCGCUCAACGAGGCCCUAAAGAACGACAUCCAGCAGCUUCAUGACGCCCUCAACGAGGAGCCGAACAAGGCUGACGGCAAGCGCCGCAAGAAGGAGGCUGCCAAGCCCGCCGCCAAGGCCGACGACGGUGCCGCCGCCAAGAAGGCCGCUGACGAGGCUGCCGCCAAGAAGGCCGCCGAUGAGGCCGCUGCCAAGAAGGCCGCUGACGAGGCUGCCGCAAAGAAGGCCGCUGAUGAGGCUGCCGCCCGCCAGCAGCGCGAGGCCAACGCCGCCGCUGCCAACGCCGACGCCGCCGCUCCGGCUGCUGCCACCGAGGAGGUUGUCGUCGAGGCUGCCGCCGAGCCGGUCCAGCAGGUCUACGGUGGCUUCCAGCAGCAGACCUUUGGCUACGGCAACACCUUUGCCCAGCAGCCGCAGGGCACCCAGUUUGGCGGCAUGCCGACUCUCCCGCCGGUCGUGACCAAGGCCGACAAGGUUGACCCGCGCCUCCCGACCCAGGUCCUUCCGCUCAACUACCCGCCGUUCCCGCCGCAGGCCUACGAGACCAAGUCGGCCGUCGCCGAGGAGGACUCGUCGUCCAAGAAGUCGAAGAAGUCGAAGAAGUCGAAGAAGUCGUCCAAGAAGACCAAGUCCGCUUCGACCGCCCCGGCCGCCUUUGGCUACCCGCAGCAGGGCUACCCGACUUACGGCGCCUACCCGCAGCAGGGCUACCCGACCUACGGCUACCCGCAGCAGCAGGCUUCCGGCUACCAGCAGCCGCAGCAGUUCGGCUACCCCACCUUUGGCUACCCGCAGCAGCAGGCCUCCGGCUACCAGCAGCCGCAGCAGUUUGGCUUCCCGCAGCAGCAGUUUGGCUUCCAGCAGCAGUUUGCCGCCUUCCCGCAGCAGCAGCAGACCUCGGGCUACCAGCAGCCGCAGCCGUUUGGCUUCCCCCAGCAGCAGCCGUUUGGCUUCCCGCAGCAGCAGCAGGCCUCGGGCUACCAGCAGCCGCAGCAGCAGUUCGGUGGCUUCCCGGGCGCCUACCCGGGCGCCUUCCCGCAGCCGCGCGUUGUCGAGGGUGAGGUCAUCGCCCGCUACCCGGCCCCGCCUCCGUCGUACCCUGCCCCGGUCCAGAACACCUCCGAUGAUGACGAUGCCGAGUCGGACGACGAGUAACUUGCACUUUGUUCUCCAGGGCAGAUGACACUGCCUCUACGUGGACAUGAUCACCAGUGAACCAACAUC